GUUACAGUGCAACCUGGAUGCUGCCAGCCGGUUAGCUGACGAGCAUGCACUGAUAGCAACCUUUGUGAAGCGGCUGCAGAGCGGUGCACGUGUCCUGGACAGCCCCGGCAGGCUGGACGAGGAGCACAGGCUGAUUGCCAGAUACGCCGCCCGGCUGGCUGCCGAAGCUGGAAAUGCACCUCGCCCACCAACAGACUUGGGUUUCAACUUUGAUGCCAAUAAACAACAGAGACAGCUGAUAGCAGAGCUGGAAAACAAAAACAGAGAGAUACUCCAAGAAAUUCAGCGCCUCAGGCUGGAACAUGAACAAGCCUCUCAACCCACCCCUGAGAAAGCCCAGCAGAACCCGACUUUGUUGGCUGAACUCAGGCUUCUACGACAGAGAAAGGAUGAAUUGGAACAGAGGAUGUCUGCACUUCAAGAAAGCAGAAGAGAACUGAUGGUGCAGCUUGAAGGGCUGAUGAAACUGCUCAAAGCGCAAGCAGCAGGCUCGGCACACUCCUCACCCACCCACGGAGCCAGCCACCCCAUGCCCAUGCCCGUCAGAUCCACCUCCGCCGGCUCUACCCCAACUCACGUCCCGCAGGACUCGCUUGCAGGUGUCGGGGGAGAUGUGCAGGAAGCUUUCACGCAAGGUACGAGGAGGAACCUCCGCAACGACCUGCUGGUAGCAGCCGAUUCCAUCACCAACACCAUGUCGUCGCUGGUGAAGGAACUUCAUUCAGAGGAAGAAGACGAAGAAGAAGCAGAAAAAAUGCAGAACGGAAAGGACCGAGGUUAGAUGGACAACCGCAGGCUGUACAGUAAUUCAGGUAAGGAUGGAUGUAUUUUCACUUCC